CGAUCGCGGAGAGAGCUCGAGGGCCUGCUGCCGGAGGAGCCGCCUCAUGCGGCCAGCACCUGCCGCGACAGCGGUGGCAGCGGCGCUGGCCUUGGCAGCGCACGCACGCGGUCGGCUGCCGCCCGCGACGGCACGGGCGAAGAGCUCGCGCUGCGCGUGAGGAACACGUUCCUUGAGGCGUACAGCAUCGACGAGAGACACCCGCCGGGCUGCCAGCGGGCGACCUCCGAGCCCCCGGCCAAGGGCCCCCGACCGCACCCGCCCCUGGAGCUCCGCGGGGGCGCCGGGCGGCGGCCGCGAGCUCUGCAGGGGCGCGCUCGGCCGCCGGGAGCCACGGCGCGCGCCUCGCCUCGGGCGGCGGCGCGGGAGAGGGGCGGCCUGGGCUGUGGCGCGGAGGGGAUGCUUCAGCAGGGCAGCACGCUCACCAGCCACGUGAAGAUCUUGCAUGGUGAGGACCCCCAGUGCGUGUUCGUCGUGCGGCGGCUCAACGCGCUGGGCUUUGGGUCCCAGGAUGAUAUUCUGGAGUCGCACUUUGGCAAGAUCGGGCGCGUCGUGAAGAUGCUCGUCGCGCAUUCGAACGUGAGUUCGGGCGGCGCCCAGGGGAAGGUGGCGCCGUUGGGGCGGAGGCGGCCCGGGUCCAUCGGCUUCGUUGUCAUGGCGGACCCCGAGAUCGUCGAGCGCAUUGUGCAGUUGGGCAGGCAGCAGACGAUAGCGGGCAAGUGCGUGCUGGUGGAGCCCUUCGAGGCGGCCGCCUCCCAGGCGAAGGGGCUCAGGCAGACGGACGGUGCAGAACCGUCGACAAAGCUGCACGAAACCAUCGCCGCUGCAGCACUCGCGGUUGAGGAUGGGCUCCGCUCUUAG